AAAUCUCUUCUUUUUUUUUUUUUUUGGGUGUUAAUGCUUAAUGCCACUGUGGAAUUUGUGUCCCUCCCAAAACUCUUGGUACAGCUCAAGAGCCAGUCUUUACACCUACUUGUUGUCCCCCACACCCUUUGUUUUCACCCCCUCCCUUCCUCUCCCUCCGCGGCUUUAACCAACACAUACCCAACAAAACGGACCCCUUUUCCUUGCCAGUUACCAUACACACACCUUAAGCAGAGCAGUCUUUAGAGGGGAAAGGGAGCAGAGAUUUCAUCACCCACAGCCAUGGAUUGUUGGUCCUCUUCUGUCACUGUUGAUGAUGAAUUUGAGAAGCUUGUGCUCCGGAUGAACCCACCAAGGGUCACUGUUGAUAACAUAUCAGACAAGAAAACAACUUUGAUCAAGGUUGAUAGUGCGAAUAAGCGCGGUAGCUUGUUGGAGGUGGCUCAGGUUCUUACUGAUUUGAACCUCAUAGUUCGUCGGGCUUACAUUUCUUCGGAUGGAGGAUGGUUUAUGGAUGUGUUUCAUGUUACUGAUCAGUAUGGGAAUAAGCUGACCGAAGAUAACGUGGCAGAGCGCAUUCAGCAGUCGCUGGGACCAAGGAGCUAUAGCUUUCGGUCAUUGACAAGAUCUGUUGGUGUUCAACCUGCAGUUAUGCACACCACAAUUGAAUUGUCGGGAAGAGACCGGCAAGGCCUGCUUUCGGAGAUCUUUGCUGUUCUCACCGACCACAAAUGCAACGUUGUAGCUGCAGAAGUAUGGACUCACAAUUCAAGAAUGGCCUCGGUUCUCUACAUUACUGAUGAACAAAACGGAUUGGCAAUAGAUGAUCCCGACAGGCUAACUAAAAUUAAGCAGCUUUUAUUGUACGUUCUCAUGGGGGAUCGAGACAGGACAGGUGCCAACACUGCAGUUAGCGUAGGGUCCACUCACAAAGAGAGGAGGCUGCAUCAACUGAUGUACGCUGACCGUGAUUUCGAUAAAGACGAUACGGGCGGGAUCCCGAGCCAUCACUGUGAACCAGUUGUGACUGUGUACAAUUGCGCGGAAAAAGGCUACACCGUCGUGAAUUUGAGGUGCCCCGACAGGCCAAAGCUGCUUUUUGACACAGUGUGCACUCUAACCGAUAUGCAAUAUGUAGUUUACCAUGGUACAAUCAUUGCUGAAGGGCCUGAGGCUUAUCAGGAAUACUACAUUAGGCAUAUGGACGGGUGCCCGAUCAGUUCUGAAGCCGAAAGGCAACGCUUAAUUCAUUGCUUGGAGGCGGCCAUCAAGAGGCGAACUUCCUCGGGGAUAAGGCUGGAGCUGUGUGGGGAAGACCGGGUUGGGCUUCUAUCUGACGUAACGCGCAUAUUCAGAGAGAACGGGCUGUCAGUCUCCCGAGCUGAGGUGACAACGCGAGGCAAACAAGCUGUGAACGCGUUUUAUGUGACUGAUGCAUCAGGAUGCCCGGUUAAAAGUGAAACGAUCGAGGCAGUGAGGAAAGAGAUCGGGCAAACCAUCCUCCGCGUGAAGGACGACAUGUACGCCAACUCGCCACCGCCACAGCAGCAAACCGGUAGAUUCUCUCUUGGGAAUUUGUUCAAAUCGAGGUCAGAAAAAUUUCUCUACAACCUGGGACUCAUAAAAUCGUGCUCCUCCUCGGCUGUCUGCUAGGUAGCUUAGUGUUCUUCCUAGGCUGUAAAUGCAUUAUUGCUCUUUGGUAGCAUAGUUGGCUGGGAGCCAUAGUCUUAGUUUCAUCAUCUCAGUACUCAAAGUCUGUAGUAUUAAAGCUUAAGUGUACAUCCCUUGUUCUCUCCUUCUGGAAUUGUAUAUGCAGAUUCAUCGUUUUUCGACUAGUAGGAACAUAUUUGUUCAA